AUGCAUCGAAAUCGGCGCAGCGCCUCGAUAACACGUGCCCGCAGUGCACCAGCUCAGAGACCAAUGGUGCCUCGGACAGAUGCAAUUGCUGCCGGUUAUGGUGCUCUAGAGAACUAUACAAUUCAAAUGCCUGUCGGACAGGGCCAGUUUGCCACAGUUUGGCGUGCCUUACAUCAACCAACCGGUCGCGUUGUGGCCAUGAAACGUGUUAAGAUUUUUGAAAUGAUGGAUGCCAAAGCCCGAAAGGAUUGCAUUCAGGAGAUUGAUCUUUUAAAGCAACUAAAUCACCCAAACGUGAUCAGUUAUUUGGCUUCUUUUGUGGAGAACAACGAACUGGUAAUUGUUCUUGAAUUGGCCGAUGCUGGCGACUUGUUGCAUAUGAUUAAAGUAAGUACCUAUCCAGUCUCGCAUGAUUAA